UUCAGAAAACCAAAAUAUUAAUAUCAUCACAAAACCAAAAGCAAAGAAAAGAAAAAAUAGCUUCUCUCUCUCUUCUAAGCGAUACAAUACUAUGGCGACCUCCGUCGACAACCGCCAUUAUCCCCGCCUCAACACCCCCAUGAACGGCGUCGUUCACGCUGCUUUCAAACCUCCUCUCGUUCCUUCUCCUCGCUCUUUCGACCGUCACCGUCACCCUAACCACUCUCUCGACGUCAUCCUCUCCGAGAAACUCGUCGCCAAAGACUGUUACGACGACUCCUCUAGCGACGACGAGGACGAGAGUCAUAACCGCAACGUCCCUUACUACAGAGAGCUUGUCAAGAAAUCCAACAGCGAUUUAGAACCGUCGAUCUUGGACCCGAGGGAUGAAUCGACGGCUGACAGUUGGAUCCAGCGUAACUCCUCCAUGCUCCGUCUCACCGGAAAACAUCCCUUCAACGCCGAAGCACCUCUCCCUCGCCUUAUGCACCAUGGCUUCAUCACUCCCGUGCCGCUCCAUUACGUCCGCAAUCACGGCGCUGUUCCCAAAGCCGACUGGUCAGACUGGUCCAUCGAGAUCACCGGACUCGUCAAACGUCCCUUGAAGUUCACCAUGGAAGAGCUUAUCACCCAGUUCCCCAGCCGCGAGUUCCCCGUGACGCUCGUCUGCGCCGGUAACCGCCGCAAGGAACAGAACAUGGUGAAACAAACGAUCGGGUUCAACUGGGGAUCCGCCGGAGUAUCCACUUCUCUCUGGAAAGGUGUUCCGCUAAGCGAUGUCCUCCGUCGUUGCGGGAUCUACAGCCGGAGAGGCGGCGCGUUGAACGUCUGCUUCGAAGGAGCGGAGGAUCUUCCCGGCGGCGGCGGAUCCAAGUACGGGACGAGUAUAAAGAAAGAGAUGGCUAUGGAUCCUGCCAGAGAUAUUAUAUUGGCUUAUAUGCAAAACGGUGAGCUUUUGACACCGGAUCAUGGGUUCCCGGUUCGGGUCAUCGUACCCGGUUUUAUCGGUGGUCGGAUGGUUAAAUGGUUAAAACGUAUCAUCGUUACGCCUCAAGAAUCUGAUAGUUACUAUCAUUACAAAGACAACAGAGUCCUUCCUUCUCUUGUCGAUGCUGAGCUGGCUAAUGCUGAAGCUUGGUGGUAUAAGCCAGAAUAUAUAAUCAACGAGCUUAAUAUAAACUCGGUGAUUACAACACCUGGUCAUGAAGAGAUAUUACCCAUUAAUGCAUUCACCACUCAGAAGCCGUACACAUUAAAAGGCUACGCUUACUCUGGAGGAGGUAAGAAGGUAACGAGAGUAGAAGUGACUCUAGACGGAGGAGACACGUGGAGUGUGUGUGAGCUUGACCACCAAGAGAAACCGAACAAGUACGGCAAAUUCUGGUGCUGGUGUUUCUGGUCAAUUGACGUUGAGGUUCUUGAUCUGCUCAGUGCCAAAGAUGUCGCGGUCCGAGCCUGGGACGAGUCCUUCAACACCCAGCCUGACAAACUCAUCUGGAACCUCAUGGGGAUGAUGAACAACUGCUGGUUCAGGAUUAAAACCAACGUGUGCAAGCCUCACAGAGGAGAGAUAGGGAUAGUUUUCGAACACCCGACCCGACCCGGAAACCAAUCGGGUGGGUGGAUGGCAAAGGAGCGUCAGCUUGAGAUUUCCUCCGAGUCCAACCAAACCUUGAAGAAAUCUGUUUCGUCUCCUUUCAUGAACACUGCCUCGAAGAUGUACUCAAUGUCCGAAGUUCGGAAACACAACACUGCUGAAUCUGCAUGGAUCAUCGUCCACGGUCACAUCUAUGACUGCACACGUUUCUUGAAAGAUCAUCCAGGAGGCACAGAUUCUAUCCUCAUUAAUGCAGGUACGGAUUGCACCGAAGAGUUCGAAGCCAUUCACUCUGACAAAGCCAAGAAGCUUUUAGAAGAUUACCGUAUCGGUGAACUCAUCACCACUGGCUACGACUCUUCCCCUAACGUCUCUGUCCACGGUGGCUCAAACUUAGCUUCUUUGUUAGCUCCAAUCAAAGAGGUCGCUCCUACAAAGAACAUAGCUUUGGUCAACCCACGUGAGAAAAUCCCUGUUAAACUCAUCGAGAAGACUUCCAUCUCUCACGACGUUCGUAAGUUCCGUUUCGCAUUACCUUCGGAAGAUCAGCAGCUUGGUUUACCCGUGGGGAAGCACGUUUUCGUAUGCGCCAACAUUAAUGACAAACUCUGUCUCAGAGCCUAUACUCCGACCAGCGCCAUCGACGCCGUUGGUCAUAUCGACCUAGUCGUCAAAGUUUACUUCAAAGACGUCCAUCCAAGGUUCCCCAAUGGAGGACUCAUGUCACAACACUUGGACUCGUUACCAAUCGGGUCAAUGAUAGACAUCAAAGGUCCACUAGGACACAUUGAGUACCAAGGCAGAGGCAACUUCAUGGUCAGCGGCAAACCUAAGUUUGCCAAGAGACUAGCAAUGCUUGCCGGAGGAACAGGCAUAACUCCAAUCUACCAAAUCAUUCAAUCGAUACUGAGUGAUCCAGAGGACGAAACCGAGAUGUAUGUGGUUUACGCAAACCGAACCGAGGAUGACAUACUUGUAAGGGAAGAGCUAGAAGGAUGGGCUAGUAAGCAUAAGGAGAGGCUAAAGAUUUGGUACGUCGUUGAAAUUGCAAAGGAAGGUUGGAACUACAGUACAGGGUUUAUAACCGAAGCUGUGCUUAGAGAACAUAUCCCCGAAGGUUUAGAAGGUGAAUCGCUAGCACUCGCGUGCGGACCACCGCCUAUGAUUCAGUUCGCGUUGCAGCCGAAUCUAGAGAAGAUGGGUUACAACAUUAAGGAGGAUCUUUUGAUCUUCUAAUCCUGCUCAAUUUUAAUACGUAUUGGAAAUUUGAAAGUCAGUAACAAGUAUGGCGUUUGUAGAUAUACAUGCUUAUUUGCGUACUUUUAUUAAGAGUUUUUAUUCAAAAUGUAUUUGUAUAAAAUUGUGUUCAUAGAUGAUAAUGAUGAAAGCAUGUAACUCAAACUUUUCAUGUCUUGA